AUGACGUCCUGGGAGGAAGCAUCUGCGGUCCAGAAGCUCGACACGAAGACGUACUCCUGCACCCUCCAUGACGACUGGUGCAUCGGCACCGUCCCUAAUGGUGGAUACGUGACAGGAUGCAUCCUCCAAGUCGUCUUGACACACUUCAGCACCUCCCUCGCGAAGCAGAACCAGCCGCACACCAUCGCCCUCCAUGUCGAGUUCCUCCGGAGAACACAAGCAGGCCCGGCGGUUUUCAAAGUUGAAGAUGUCAAACUCGGCAGACAAACGUCCAUCGUACACGUACAUAUGUCUCAGGAGGGCAGGGAGGAGGUUAUAGCAUACGCGACCAAUUCGAACAUGGACACAGAGGAAGGAGUGAGCUUCGAUACCCAGUACGAGCUGCUGCCACCGCCUCCUCCGGUUGACCUGGCGAAGCUGGAGCGGAACGAGGAUCCGAACUGGAAGCUGCAAGACAAAAUGCCAUUUUCGAACUUCAGGAGAGCUUCUCAGAAGGUCAAAUGGCAUUUCCCGCGGAAAGGGCAAGCCUUGGCUAACCUCGCUGAUGAGUGGUUAUGUUUCGCAGACGGGACCAACUUCACAAACACGAGCGUAGGCUUGGUCGCGGAUAUGUUCCCUCAGAUCGUGGAGUCGUACCGGGACGAGAGCCAGGGACCGUUUUGGUAUCCGACGCUCCUGCUGAAUCUGGAUGUCAAGAAGGCAUUGCCGCCAGAAGGCGUCAAGUGGUUGGCUAUCCGGGUGCAGUUGAAGCAAGUGAAGAACGGAAGGAUGGACCUCGAAGUCCAUGUUCGAGAUGCUAGUGGAGAGUUGGUUGCGCUGAGCCACCAUGUUGGCUUUGUGCUAGAUGCGGCGAGGAACAUGGCUACGAGGACGAAACCAGAUACCAAGAUAUAG